AUGGCGGCAGAAGAAAGCUCAGCAGACACUCUGAGGCUCCAGUUCAAGGCCAUGCAGGAGCUGCAGCACAGAAGGUUACAAAAACACAUGGAGAAAAAGAAGGAGAAAGAGCUGAGUUGUAAAGGCAAAGCCGACCAGGAGGAGCUUGCGGAGAUCCCAGACAACCUCAGCCUCCUCGACACAGAGGAGCAGAACCUGAAAACCAUCUUUGAGAAGAGGGUGCUGGAAGACGAAAUCCAGCAGCUUCGUAAUGAACUCAGGGAGACAGUCGAUGAGAACGGGCGGCUGUACAAGCUGCUGAAGGAGAGAGACUUUGAGAUCAAACACCUCAAGAAGAAAAUAGAAGAGGACAGGUUUGCCUUCACAGGGACAACUGGGAUGGCUGGAGAUCUGGUUGCCACCAAAAUUAUUGAACUGUCCAAAAAGAACCGGGGACUGAUGGCAGAGUCAGAGAGUGCCAAGGUCAGGGUAAAACAGCUGACUAAUCGCAUCCAGGAGCUGGAGCACGAACUGCAGAUGGCGCCAGCCAAGCCGCCGGCCAAGGGGACCACUGACACGGGGGCCAAGCCAUCAAGGACCCAGACGGGAGACAGAGCCUUGCUGGAGACUCCAGAGGUGAAAGCUCUACAGGACAGACUUGCAGCCACCAACCUGAAGAUGAGUGACCUGCGCAACCAGAUCCAGUCUGCGAAGCAGGAACUCCGAAUGGCCCAGAAGGUUCUGGCCAGUGAAGUUGGGGAGGAUGUAAAUGUCCAGCAGCUCCUGACCUCACCUGGGACCUGGAGGGGGCGAGCUCAACAAAUCCUAGUUCUACAAAGUAAGGUCCGAGAGCUGGAGAAGCAACUGGGGCAGCGUCAGAACAAGACCACAGACUCCUCAAGCUCUGAGAUAGCUGUCAGUUCAGACCCACGGAAGCUGACAGCACAAGAGAAAAACCUGCUGAGGAUCCGCAGCCUGGAGAGGGACAAGCUGGAGAGCUGGGAGAAACUGGCCGGUGAGCGGGACACGCUCCAGACAGAGCUGGAGGAGCUGAGAAGGAAGUUUGAGGGCAUGCGGUCUCGCAACAAGGUGCUGUCCAGUGAGGUGAAGACCCUCAGGAGCCAGAUGUUGACCCUGGUGGAGAAGGGCAGACAUGACGAUGAGCUGAUUGAUGCCCUCAUGGACCAGCUGAAACAGCUUCAGGACAUUCUGGGCAGCCUGAGUGUGCAGGAGGAAUCGAGGCGCACAUCGCAGCACCGCCUGGACCAGAAGGUCAACAGUGAGGCCCAACAGAGCAGCAGCCUUGUGGCCCAGCUGCGGGCCAUGGUGGCUGAGCGUGAGGCAAAGGUGCGGCAGUUGGAGCUGGAGAUUGGGCAACUCAGUGUGCAGUAUCUUCACAAUAAAGGAGCGGGUGAAGGGGCCAGCCCUAUCCACGCCAGGUUCCCUGAGGACCAGACCCCAGUAACCAACUCUCCGGCAUCAUCAGGCGAUCAUGUCCGCAGGCUAGGAUCCUCUCGCUCUGUGUCCAGCCUGGGCCACACUCUGGUGGAAUCUUCUCUCACGAGGCCAUCCCUGCCUAGUCCCCAUGGGACCUCACCCAGGUUCCUGGAUUCCCCAGAACAAAAAGGCUGGCAGGCACAAGCAGCAGAAAUGAAGGCCCUUUGGCAGGCUGCCGAGGUGGAGCGAGACCGCCUCAAUGAGUUUGUCACCGUCCUGCAGAAGCGGGUGGAGGAGAGCAGCAGCAAGCUGCUGGACGCUGAGCAGAGGCUGCAGGAGGAGAGGCAGCGCGCUGUCCUGCUGGAGCAGCACCUAGAGAAAAUGCGCCUGGAGCCCUCCAGGCCCCCGGCGUCCCAGAAGGCCGCUAGGAACAAGUCAGGGCCACCUACCCCCAGCACCAAGCACAACCCGACUGGGAGCGCCAAGAAAGACUCAUCCUCCAGUCAGCUCUCCGACGUUCCCAUGGAAUCCCAGAUAGAGGAGCUGACCACCAGGCUGACUAUCCAGAUGGAGGAGAACAGAGUACUGAGAGACGCCCUGGGCAGUGCCCUGCGUGGGAAGGAGGAAGACUUCCGCAUGUACCACCAGACCCUGGGCCAGGUGAAGGGGGUCUUCCUUCAGGCGCUGCGGCAACAGAAAGCCAACAAGCUGUAGGACACAGCUGUUUGCUCAACUCCUGGAUGGCAGGGCCCUUGGAGGACUCACCACAGGUGCAGGGCCCUUGGAGGACUCACCACUGGUUCAGGGCCCUGGGAGGACUCACCACUGGUACAGGGCCCUUGGAGGACUCACCACUGGUGCAGGGCCCUGGGAGGACUCACCACUGGUGCAGGGCCCUGGGAGGACUCACCACUGGUGCAGGGCCCUGGGAGGACUCACCACUGGUGCAGGGCCCUGGGAGGACUCACCACUGGUGCAGGGCCCUGGGAGGACUCACCACUGGUGCAGGGCCCUGGGAGGACUCACCACUGGUGCAGGGCCCUGGGAGGACUCACCACUGGUGCAGGGCCCUGGGAGGACUCACCACUGGUACAGGGCUCUGGGAGGACUCACCACUGGUGCAGGGCCCUUGGAGGACUCACCACUGGUGCAGGGCCCUGGGAGGACUCACCACUGGUGCAGGGCCCUGAGAGGUCUCACCACUGGUGCACGAUAUACCACCCCGCGCCCAGGCAGCUGAGCUGAGACCUGCUGAGCGGCAGGCUGAGGCCCAGAUACCUGGGCCAAGGAGGAGCUGGCUAACCCCAGCAGAAGAUGCGUUUCCUUGAGCAGGUGCUGUGGCUCUUGUCCUCGGGCCUACCCAGAGCCCUGGGUUGCUAUGGGCUUUCCACAUGUAGAUGAGUCCCUUGGUGCUUCCUGACGAGGGCAUCCACCAGAGCCAUCCAGACCUCCCCACAAUCCUUCACUUGGGCCCUAGCACCCACUUGGCCGCUCCUCCACUGCGCCCAGCCUUUCUGUGGAGAGCUGCACAAGGAGGAGCCUUGUGCUUGGCAUAACAAAGCUACUUUCACAGUCACUACA